AUGAGUGUCGGAGACGAAUUCGAGCAAGUGAGCGAUUCGGGAUUUCUCACCUCUGUGACGACCCUCGCCAUACAGCAAAUCGCAGACGAUGGUCUGGUACAAGUUCACCCUAGAGGUAUACGACAUCUCCGUGGCGGGGAAAUCAACGAGUGGCCUGCUCCCCAACAUCGAAGUAUCGUGGCUGUUGCUACAAAUGAGCAACAGAUUGCUGUCGCUUUGAGCUCAGGGGAGAUUGUCUAUUUCGAAGUGGACAGCGAUGGAUCGCUUGCGGAGUACGACGAGAAGAAGGAGAUAUUUAGCACAGUGACCUGUCUAAGCUUAGGGCCUGUCCCUGAGGGACGAGUCCGAAGUCCUAUGUUGGCGGUGGGGUGCGAGGAUUGCACUGUUCGAAUCCUUAGCUUGGACCCAGAUUCCACGCUUGAGAGCAAGUCUAUACAGGCCCUAACUGCAGCACCCUCGGCGCUAAGCAUCAUGGCGAUGGAGGAUCCAUUAUCGCAUAGCUCUGGAUUGUACCUGCACAUCGGCCUGAGUUCUGGCGUUUAUCUCAGAACUGGUUUGGAUGAAAUUACAGGAGAGCUAUCAGAUACGCAAACGAGAUUUCUGGGUCUGAAGGCUAUCAAGCUCUUUCAGGUAAUGGUCAAGGGACAGACCUGUAUCUUAGCUCUUGGCUCCAAGCCAUGGAUGGGGUAUACAGACUCUAAACGAGGAUAUAUGAUGACACCUCUUGACUGCGACGAGUUGGAGUGGGGUUGGAACUUCAGCAGUGAGCAGUGUGAGGAGGGUAUCAUCGCGAUUCAUGCCAACUUCCUACAUAUCUUCUCCAUCGAAAACCUGUAUGAUAACAUGGUACGGAAAUCUCUGCCUCUCACAUACACACCACGCCAUUUUGUUAAGCAUCCUCAUGAGCCGUACUUCUACACGGUGGAAGCGGACAACAAUACACUAGGUCCUGAACUCCGUACCCAGUUGCUAGCGGCGGCAGCUGAAACUCAAACGAAUGGGGAUGCCAAAUCACUCCCACCAGAAGAGUUUGGCUAUCCGCGUGGUCGCGGCCGAUGGGCCUCUUGUAUAAGUGUUGUCGAUCCCAUUGGCGAACAGGUGCUUCAGAAGAUUGAGCUCGAAGGCAACGAGGCUGCUAUGAGUGCUGCGGUGGUACCAUUUAUUGGCCAAGAUGGCGAGAGCUUCCUGCUCGUUGGUACUAGCAAAGACAUGAUCCUCAAUCCCAGACAAUUCUCAGAAGGCUACAUCCACGUCUAUCGAUUCCAACAAAACGGGAGAGAGCUGGAGUUCAUCCAUAAGACCAAGGUAGAGGAGCCUCCGAAGGCGCUGGUGGCCUUUCAAGGUCGACUAGCCGCAGGAAUUGGCAAAGCUCUACGGAUCUAUGAUCUGGGCUUGAAGCAGUUACUUCGAAAGGUCCAAGUUGAGGUAGCGCCGCAACUGAUUGUAUCUCUAAACACUCAAGGCAAUCGUAUCGUCGUCGGGGAUAUCCAGCAGGGCGUGACGAUGGUUAUGUUCGAUCAUGAGUCUCAGAAGCUAAUUCCUUUCGUUGAUGAUACAGUUGCACGCUGGACAACCUGUACGGCGAUGAUUGACUCUGAAUCAGUGGCUGGGGGUGAUAAAUUCGGUAACCUCUGGAUUGUGCGAUGUCCCGACGAAGCAAGUCAUGAGGCAAAAGAUGGUGGAAGUCGCCUCAUCAAUGGCCUGCAGCAUCUGCAUGGGGCACCAACAAGAUUCGACUUAGUGGCCCAUUUAUUUACCCAAUGUAUACCGACCAGUAUCACCAAGACCAGCCUCGUUGUGGGUGGGCAGGACGUCAUCGUCUGGAGCGGCUUGCAGGGCAGUAUCGGCGUGCUCAUUCCCUUCGUCACGCGCGAGGACGCCGACUUCUUCCUGGCGCUAGAGGCGCAAAUGCGUUCUCAAGACCAAUCACUUGUCGGCCGCGACCACCUGAUGUAUCGCGGCUAUUACGUCCCGGCUAAGGGGGUCAUAGACGGAGACCUCUGCGAGAGGUUCAGAUUACUCUCUCUGGAGAAAAAGCAGAGAAUCGCGACAGAGCUAGAUCGUACCGUGACGGAAAUUCAACGAAAGAUCUCGGAAGCUCGAACUCGAUCCGCCUUCUAG